AUGACUUGUUUGGAGUCUUACCCUGACCCUUCCACCCUGUCAACCAUUUCCUCUACUUUUUGGGGCUCAUUUUGGACAUUGUCCCUUACUGCCGUUGUGCGAAGUGCGGUGUAUCGAUAUAUAAACUAUAAGCUGCCUACAAAGAUAUGUAUGAAUCGUUUCUUGCCUGACCGAUUUCCAACUCCUUUAUGCCAAAUUUGUGGUCUUUAUACUGAAAACGACAACCAUAUGCUCUUUUUAUGCCCUCCAAAAACACAUUUUUGGAAAGAGCUUAUAUUUGGAUUUUUAUGGCCAACCACUACUGCUGAUGAUAUCAUCCAAGCAAUCCGAUAUAUGAACUUCUAUUCUAUUCGUUAUACUCAGAAUAGUGAGUUAGCUGCUCAAGAAAUAGUAUUCCAAGGCAUGGGUCAAAUUUGGAAAGCCCAUUGGAAUACUGUCUUCAAUGAAAUUCCGUUUAAUCCAAUUCUAUUUCUUUCAUCCACUCGUGCUUCUCUCAAUUCUCUAAUUGACGAGAAACACUUGCACAAAUAUUUAUAA